AAUGAGUGUACUGAUAAGGCUAAAUAAAACGAAGUCCAGGUUUUUUUCCAGUAUGAUAAUUUCGAAACUGUUAAAAACGUGCUAAAGUUCUCUGCAGGUAAUAGUUGCUUUCAAUAGAAGAUUGGAUUGUUAGCAAGGAUUUCUGAAUGGAUUCAGUUGAAGUUUGAAGGAACACCUAUAAAUACCUAAUCUGUUAAUUAUUCGAAUAAAGGAACAUUUAAUAUUAUGGCAAUUCCAGUGAUUCCCGUACUGCAUUCACCAUCGAAGGAGGAAGUAGAUCUGGAAGGUCAAUUAUUACUCAAAGGUUUUGUUAGUGAUCGAUUGGCGGAAGCAGGAGUAGGAGAUCCGAAUGUUUUCUCAAUUUCAGAAGUAAAUGUCUCAGAUAUACAGUCAGCUUCUCAACCGGAAGCGAUUCCUUUGACAAGGCUCAUUCCAUCUGGUUAUUAUGAUUCAAGUCUCAGCUCAAAAGGAGCAAAGCUAAAGGAGUGGGCAGAAGAAUUCGGAAAGAGUCCACAGAGAGUGAAAGUUAAUCAAGAAGCUAACGAGACUAAUUUAGAUGACCUGAACCGUGAAAACUGCCAAACUUUUCUCAGUGACUAUUUCAAAGAUUCCCCAGACAAAUGGUGUCUCUUAUCAUUAUUUUAUUAUUGUUCUGACGUAUUGCUCAGAUGUAUUAAAGAAGGAAAAAAUACCUUAGCCAAACAAUUUUUCCUGUGGUGUUUGGAAUUUAUGGUACAAAAAGUAUGCAAAUGGGUCUAUGAGCAUGGUGGCUGGGAGAAGGUAUUCGGAAUUAUAUGGAAUACAACAACACUAGUUGCUUUAAUGGUACUGACAGGACUUGGAAUUGUCGGAAUAGGUUGUGGAAUAGUGUAUAUAAGAAAGCACUGGUAACAUGAAUUUGUAAAACUGAAGAAAGCAUUGUAUAUUGCUUUGUUUUGUUUCAAACAUUAUGUGUCGGAUAUUUGUUUUGCCUUCAUUAUAGUUAUUUGGUUAAAAUUGUAUUUAUUUUUUUUUCAUACUCUGCAAUGCACCAAAAUAUUGUGUAAUAAAAACUGCAUAAACAAUUAAUUAAAAUGUAAAUUAUUUUUACAAAAUCUGAACAAUGCUUCCUUAAUUUUGAAAUGAUAGUUAUACUUAGUUUUGCUUUAAAAUUUAUGUUUAUUUAUUAACUAUAUUCUAAUUGCACUCUUAUUCUUUUUAUGUUAAAUUAAACAUCUUGGUUAAUUUUAGUUCAUAAGACAUUAGCAAAUUUUGGCAAAACUGUUACCACCAUGACAAUUAUCAAGGUGAUAAUUUAUACGAUAUGCUAAUUUUCUUCAGUAUUGGAAAACAAAAUUUGUCUGUGAUAUCCAAAUAUUGUAAACAUCAAAAUCGACUUUGUGCAUCCAGCUGAAGUUUCACCAAAUUUUUGUAUGCUUUCUGUUAAUUAAUUGACAUAAUUUUAAACUAAUGAACAGCAUGUAAUUUAUAUAGUAGCUUAUUGCACAUUGGAAAAGCAAUUAGAAAUCUUUUAAGGCCUUUAUUUUUAAAUUUUCAAAUUUAAUCUAUAUAUCGUAAUUAAAUUCUGAUGUGCCUUCUGUGUAUAAACUUUAUAUGCAUUUUAUACACCAUAAAUAUGACCCCAGUUCAGUAUUACUUCUAUUGCAAAUAUGAUUUCAGACUAAAAGCAUUUCAGUUAGUCUUUGCUAAUGAGGAAAUAAAAUGUUUUUUUGUAAUAAA